UCAAGCCAUCACGGUUCGUUUCGGUUAAGUUAUCUCGCUGUUUUCAGAAUUGAUUUAGUAGCGUUAAAACAUUCUACAGUUUUCUGAGGAUUUUUAUUAACUUCUAUACACCAUGUCGGAGGCAUCCGAUGCACCUUUCAGCACUGUUGAGAUCAACAAUGAGAGUAGAGAUGAAGAAGAUCUCUUCGCUUCGGCGGUCCAGGAAGUCAGUCUAGAUCCAGAUGUUAAUGGUGCUCAAGAUAGUUUAGACAAGGCAACUUUAGGGGAUAUAACAUCAUCACCAGCUAUGAUAAGUAGCCCGGUUAUGGAAGAGAUAGCAACAGAGCGUGCAAAUAAUAUAAUAAUAACGGUAACAGAACCUCAAAAGAUUGGAGAAGGCAUGAGUUCAUAUGUAGCUUACCGUGUUAUAACAAAGACGAAUAUGCCAAUAUUUAGUCGACAUGAAUUUACAGUGCUACGAAGAUUUUCAGAUUUUCUAGGUCUCCAUGAAAAGUUAAGUGAAAAGUAUCUUCGUUCAGGCAGAAUUAUACCUCCUGCACCAGAAAAAAGUAUUGUUGGAACAACAAAACUAAAGAUGACAUCUACACCGUCCACGGAAAGCGCUAACGGCACCACAAACUCAGCGGGAAUGCAGUCGCAGUUCGUGGAGCGGAGACGCGCCGCCCUCGAGAGAUUCCUCAACCGCGUCGCACAGCACCCCGUUCUAUGCAUUGACCCUGACUUCAGAGAGUUUUUGGAGUCCGAUACAGAACUACCGAAAGCUACGAGUACGUCAGCCCUGAGCAGCGCAGGCAUGCUGCGUCUGUUCAACAAAGUGGGCGAGACCGUCAACAAGAUCACGUACAAGAUGGACGAGUCCGACCCGUGGUUCGAGGAGCGGUGCGCGCGCAUCGAGUCGCUGGAGAGCGGGCUGCGGCGGCUGUGCGGCGCGUGCGAGGCGCUGGCCACGGAGCGGCGCGAGCUGGCGGCGCGCGCGCACGACGCGGCGCGCGCCGUGGCCGCCGCCGCCGCCGCCGACCCGCACGCGCCGCUCUCGCGCGCGCUCUCGCACCUCUCCGACCUGCACGAGAAGAUCGAACAUUUAAGGAAUGAGCAGGCAAACACUGACUUCUACGUUCUGACGGAGCACAUCAAAGACUACCUCGGAUUGAUUGGAGCGAUCAAAGAUGUCUUCCAUGAGAGAGUUAAGGUUUUUCAAAACUGGCAACACGCGCAGAUGCAGCUAACGAAACGAAGAGAAAAUAAGGCUAAAGCAGAACUAGCCAAUAGACCCGAAAAAAUGGAGCAGGCUGCUAACGAAAUUAUUGAAUGGGAAUCGAAGGUGGAGCGCUGCCAGCAGGAGUUCGACUCGAUCUCGCGCGUCAUCAAGAAGGAGCUGGAGCGCUGGGAGGAGCUGCGCCUGUCGGAGCUGCGCGCCACGCUGCUGCGGUACCUGCACGACCACAUGCAGCACGAGGCGCAGGCGAUCCGUUACUGGGACGCGUUCCUGCCGGAGGCGCGCGCGAUCAAAUGAGUGGCGCGCCGACGGCCGCUCCGCCACCGCCGCACGCCACCCUAGCACCUCAUGUUUCGCCGUUAUCUUUGCACCGUUAAAUACAGAUUAUACAUUCACAUUGGACAGAUAUGAGCUGAACUUUGUUACGAAUUAAAUACCAUCAUAAACGUAAUGAUGCGAUUUUUAUCAGUUUCAUUAAACACACGACAGUGGCUCGGAAUGACAAUAAUAACAAAAUUUUGGGAAUUAAGUCACACGAGAUACAAAUGAGUUGGAGUCGUUUGUUUUUAACGGUGUAAAUUUGAGAUGGCGCUAGUGAAUCGAUAGACAUGUUAAUUCGUAUUAUAAUCGUUCAACUCUGUCGUCCCAUUUAUUGGCUGGUUCACAUCGGAUAUAUCUAUAGGAUAAACAUAAUGAAUAUAUGUAUAGUUAGUUAGGAUAAAGUAACAUUACUGCCGCCGGUAACGACCUUGACUGGACUUUGUUAUACCUGUAAAUUGAUGAGCAUAAGAAAGGGAUGUCUAUAGAGAAGUCGAAAUUGAAUCCCCCGGUCGGACCAAUAAAAGUCAUUGGAUUUUUCUGUAGAGAUGUUCUUAGUAGCAAGCCGGCGUCUGAAAUAUAGGAAUAUGUACCCCGUGCUGAUGGCUCAUAUCCUUUAGAGAGCCAGCUGUGACUGAAACCGUUCAGGGCAUUAAAUACGCUUGAGCCGCAAUAUGAAAUACAAAUGUUAUUUACUUUUGUUGCUGAUGGUACCGAUUCCGUUAUCUCUUAAUUAAACCAUUUUCUAUUUAUUAAAGGAUAUUUAAAAUGCAACCAUACAGCCAUGACUUCAAUUUUUUUUUUCACGCAAAUUAUUAAUAUUUAUAAGGAAACAGUGUUUAAACAUAAAAUAAUACACUAUUUUUUAUCAAAAAAUAUGACUUUGAUACUUUAUAACUGCUCAAUAUGUAUAAGAAAAUUAUAUUCAGUAGUUUUGGAACAUCACAAUCAUAAUUAAAGCUGAUAUUAUCCGGUGUGAACUAGCCUUAAAAUCUUUUGUUUCCAAUAUUGUUUUGUUUUAAUUUUAAUCAAUGUAUGAUUUGGGACUUCAUACGCAUUUGUAUUUUAAAUUGAUCUCUGUAAUAAUGUAAAUAAGAGAUAAUAUGGUGUCAAAAGUAUUGUAAAAAAUCUGACCAAAAAAAAGAGGAAAGACGCAUACUAAAUUAAAAGUUUUAAAAUUAAUAUAAACAAUUGUUUAACUUA